AUGUUCCAACGCUUUGUGGUUCAUGCAAGCGGGCGGGGAGGGGGCGCGCCGCCGCGCCGGGCCGCGCCGGCCGCGGGCAAGCGGGCGGGGCGGGCAAGCGGGCGGGGAGGGGGCGCGCCGCCGCGCCGGGCCGCGCCGGCCGCGGGCAAGCGGGCGGGGCGGGCAAGCGGGCGGGGAGGGGGCGCGCCGCCGCGCCGGGCCGCGCCGGCCGCGGGCAAGCGGGCGGGGCGGGCAAGCGGGCGGGGAGGGGGCGCGCCGCCGCGCCGGGCCGCGCCGGCCGCGGGCAAGCGGGCGGGGCGGGCAAGCGGGCGGGGAGGGGGCGCGCCGCCGCGCCGGGCCGCGCCGGCCGCGGGCAAGCGGGCGGGGCGGGCAAGCGGGCGGGGAGGGGGCGCGCCGCCGCGCCGGGCCGCGCCGGCCGCGGGCAAGCGGGCGGGGCGGGCAAGCGGGCGGGGAGGGGGCGCGCCGCCGCGCCGGGCCGCGCCGGCCGCGGGCAAGCGGGCGGGGCGGGCAAGCGGGCGGGGAGGGGGCGCCCCGCCGGCCGCGGGCAAGCGGGCGGGGAGGGGGCGCCCCGCCGGCCGCGGGCAAGCGGGGCGGGGCGGGCAAGCGGGCGGGGAGGGGGGCGCCCCGCCGGCCGCGGGCAAGCGGGCGGGGCGGGCAAGCGGUGCGGGGAGGGGCGCCCCGCCGGCCGCGGGCAAGCGGGCGGGGCGGGCAAAGCGUGCGGGGAGGGGGCGCCCCGCCGGCCGCGGGCAAGCGGGCGGGGCGGGCAAGCGGGGGCGGGGAGGGGGCGCCCCGCCGGCCGCGGGCAAGCGGGCGGGGCGGGGCAAGCGGGCGGGGAGGGGGCGCCCCGCCGGCCGCGGGCAAGCGGGCGGGGCGGGCCAAGCGGGCGGGGAGGGGGCGCCCCGCCGGCCGCGGGCAAGCGGGCGGGGGCGGGCAAGCGGGCGGGGAGGGGGCGCCCCGCCGGCCGCGGGCAAGCGGGCGGGGCGGGCAAGCGGGCCGGGGAGGGGGCGCCCCGCCGGCCGCGGGCAAGCGGGCGGGGCGGGCAAGCGGGCGGGGAGGGGGCGCCCCGCCGGCCGCGGGCAAGCGGGCGGGGCGGGCAAGCGGGCGGGGAGGGGGCGCCCCGCCGGCCGCGGGCAAGCGGGCGGGGCGGGCAAGCGGGCGGGGAGGGGGCGCCCCGCCGGCCGCGGGCAAGCGGGCGGGGCGGGCAAGCGGGCGGGGAGGGGGCGCCCCGCCGGCCGCGGGCAAGCGGGCGGGGCGGGCAAGCGGGCGGGGAGGGGGCGCCCCGCCGGCCGCGGGCAAGCGGGCGGGGCGGGCAAGCGGGCGGGGAGGGGGCGCCCCGCCGGCCGCGGGCAAGCGGGCGGGGCGGGCAAGCGGGCGGGGAGGGGGCGCCCCGCCGGCCGCGGGCAAGCGGGCGGGGCGGGCAAGCGGGCGGGGAGGGGGCGCCCCGCCGGCCGCGGGCAAGCGGGCGGGGCGGGCAAGCGGGCGGGGAGGGGGCGCCCCGCCGGCCGCGGGCAAGCGGGCGGGGAGGGGGCGCCCCGCCGGCCGCGGGCAAGCGGGCGGGGCGGGCAAGCGGGCGGGGAGGGGGCGCCCCGCCGGCCGCGGGCAAGCGGGCGGGGCGGGCAAGCGGGCGGGGAGGGGGCGCCCCGCCGGCCGCGGGCAAGCGGGCGGGGCGGGCAAGCGGGCGGGGAGGGGGGCGCCCCGCCGGCCGCGGGCAAGCGGGCGGGGCGGGCAAGCGGGCGGGGAGGGGGCGCCCCGCCGGCCGCGGGCAAGCGGGCGGGGAGGGGGCGCCCCGCCGGCCGCGGGCAAGCGGGCGGGGCGGGCAAGCGGGCGGGGAGGGGGCGCCCCGCCGGCCGCGGGCAAGCGGGCGGGGCGGGCAAGCGGGCGGGGAGGGGGCGCCCCGCCGGCCGCGGGCAAGCGGGCGGGGCGGGCAAGCGGGCGGGGAGGGGGCGCCCCGCCGGCCGCGGGCAAGCGGGCGGGGCGGGCAAGCGGGCGGGGAGGGGGCGCCCCGCCGGCCGCGGGCAAGCGGGCGGGGCGGGCAAGCUGGCGGGGAGGGGGCGCCCCGCCGGCCGCGGGCAAGCGGGCGGGGCGGGCAAGCGGGCGGGGAGGGGGCGUGCCGCCGCCACGUGCCAGCGAGCGGUAUUCUAA